CCACGCCUGGGCCAUGCCACCAAUGCGCGCUCCCCAUCCUGGCAUCCUCGGGGCGCGCCCUGCCGGCCAUCAGGUGCUGCUGGCCGCGUCCCAGCCCGGCGGCUACCCGACUCCACCACCCAACGCAUGGCCCCCCAUGCCCCUACAGCUUGGCUCGGCAACCACGCCGAGGCAUCAACCUCCUAGGACCUUGCUCUUCUCGCGGCCCUGCAUCAAGCUCCCUCGCCGGCAAACUACACCGGCAAUGGCGAGUGGUUCAUGGAUACAGGGGCCUCCUCCCACAUGGCUAGCCACCCUGAUUUGCGGACCAAGAUGGUGCUGCUCCAAUGUAAUAGCCACGGAGAUCUCUAUCCACUACAGUCGUCGCUCCCUGGCCGCGCGCCCGUCGCUCUCACUGCCUGUGUUGAUCUCUGGCAUGUGCGCUUAGGGCACCCCGGCACCUCGACCAUGCAUCAGCUUCUUCGUAGUUCUUUCUUUCAAUGUAAUAAGAGUGCGAAACACUCCUGCUCCGCUUGUCGCUUGGGCAAGAGCACUCGCCUCCUCUUUCCCGAUUCACAUCAUGUUUCUAGUUUUCCUUUUGAAUUGUUACAUUGUGAUG